UGUAGUUAGAACUAUGUGGACUAUGGUGAUUGUGCAUCGGUAACCGACCAAAAAUUAUUUGCCCCGUUAUUUGAUGAUCGCUGGUUUAGUGUUUCUUUGGAAAACAUGCAAUGGAUUAUACUUAUGUCUUGUCUGCUGGCCCUGUUGGAAUCAAUGCCAGUAGCAGUGUCCGGUGCUCGUCUUGCUGACAUCUACUGGAAUUCAUCUAAUCCAAUGUUUCGAAUAGAUAACACAGACCAUAUAAUUGAUGUAAACAAAGGAAACAUUCCAUUUGAAUAUGACCAAGUCAAUAUCAUUUGUCCUGUUUACCAACCUGGUACAAAAGAGGAGGAAGCAGAGAGAUACAUAAUAUAUAAUGUUUCCAAGGAAGAGUACGAUUCGUGUAGGAUAACUAAUCCAGAAUCUCGUAUCAUUGCCCUCUGUGAUAAACCUCAUCAAUAUAUGUAUUUCACCAUAACAUUCAGGUCAUUCACACCACAACCAGGUGGUUUAGAAUUUAGACCGGGACAAGACUACUACUUCAUAUCUACAUCUGGUGGAGCGUUAGAUCAAAGAAUUGGCGGAAGAUGUGCCACUCACAACAUGAAGGUUAUUUUUAAAGUAUGCUGUGGACCUACUAAAUCAUCCACACCUGGAUUACCUAGUUCAACAACCACAACUACAACAACUACUGUUUCCACAACAACUGCUGUAUUAUCAACAAAACCUUAUCCUGUUUACCGCUUUAACAGGCCCACCCUGCCUCCUUUUAGGAUACCCCCCAGUAUUUAUACUAGUAAAUAUCCUCCUUCAAAGUCAUAUGAUUUUCCUAGAGAGGAAGAAAGAGGGAAAAUGCCUUCCAAAAAGACAGAAGACAGAGAUAAGCUGCCAAAUGAAACUAGAGCUAAAAAUGAAGAAUUGGUCAAGAGUGCAGCCAAUUAUUCAAAAUUACAACAAAACUGUGUUACAACUGUAGCAUUACUAAUGCUAAUUUUAUAUCAGUUACUAAGCAGGUGAAUAACUUUAUAUAAUUAAAUGUAAAUUAUCUUGUAAAAAAAGGAGCAUAUGAAGUCUGCUAUUUUAUAAUUCCUUGGCUGUGAUAGCUGCUGGGAAUUGUCGACAGAACUUUCUUUUAAAUGUGAAAUUUUUCAUCUGGUCAUGAACUUAAGUGUUUGGUGGACACUGAAUGUUUAUUGUAAAACCUACACUUUUCAUUUCAAGGCAAAUCUUGAAAUGAUUCUUUGGAUUUAGACUACCUGAAUGCACAUUGCGUGCUAGUAAAUACAAUGUGGCUCAAAGUUGUAUAAGAAAUACCUUGUGGCUCAAAGUUGCACCGGAAAUACUAUGCAGCUUAUAGUUGCAUGGGAAAUACGAUGUGGCUCAAAGUUGCAUGGGAAAUACGAUGUGGCUCAAAGUUGCAUGGGAAAUACCAUGUGACUCAAAGUUGCACAGGAAAUGCUAUGCAGCUUAAAGUUGCACAGGAAAUACUAUGCGACUCAAAGUUGUAUGGAAAGUACUGUGCUGCCCAAGGCUGCUGUACUUUGAUUUUCCAACGUCCAGUCAUAUUUGUGUCUAAAUCAAGUUCAUCUGUGAUUUAUUAAUAGUUCGCUAAGAAUUAAGCGGCUCGGAUUUCAGUUCCGAAGAAAAAAAAAGAGACAAAAUUAUUUAUUUGUAAAUGACCAAUGUGUAUAAAAAUGGGACAUAUUUAUAUAGUGGUAUUGCUUUCCUUUUGUGAAGUCAUCAUUUUGUGUGUGGUUCUUCACAUAACUUUACAAUGCGUAAUAUGCUAAGUCAUUAAAAAUAUGGACUCUUAUAAUUUUUCCGAUUUGUGUUGUUAAGGAAUGAUAUUCAUUAUAUCACAUAUCUUAGUGUUUAUAAAUGUAAUUAAAUAUCUAUUACUUAUUCAGGUUUAAUAUUAAUUGGAUUUUGUAAGACUUGCAAAAAGUAUUCAAUUCUAGACAUUUUUAUUGGGAGUUUAUUGUAAAAAAAGAAUGAUAUUAUGUGAUCUUGUUUAUUGUAUAAAUAUGUAUUAAUGAAAAUUGCAUUAAUAUAUAAACUAAAAUCUGUCACAUUUAUUUCUAAAUGUUGCAAAUAGAAGUAUUGAUGCAUUAAAUUGUUUGUCGUGCAACUAUUGUUCUUAAUAACAUCUAUUUUCUAUUUUGAAAAAUAUGUAUUUUACGGUGAUAAUUAAUUCUUAUAACAUUAAUAUUUAAAAUAUUUCUUGUUUUAAAAGAAAUUGUUCUUAUUUUGUAUAGCAUUUGCUUCCAAUUGUAAUAUUUGCAAGAAAUAUUUCAAUUGUAUUUAGGCAUUAAAUUUUCGGAAUUUUUUAUUUAAAAAUAGUUAAAGCGUUUUUGUCAUUAAAUUACACUACAUAUUAAUAUUAUACAUUUUUGGUAACAUUAUUUAUUACUUAAUCCUUAUAAUCAAUAAAAAUUGCUUUUAAAUUGCAAAAAUUUUGCUGAAGAAGUGAUGAAUAAUUUAUAAAUAUCACUCUGGUUGUUAAUAUCUUCUAUUAAAGUUUUUUUUGAAGUUAAGAAAUUAAUUAUCGAGUAAAAUAAAAAUGUUCAAUAUGUCUUCCAUUGCAAAUUUUUUAAUUUUUAAAAAAUUUCAUUUUAUGAAAUUUAUAUUAAUAAUUUUUUAUAGAUUUUAGUUACUAUGUAAAACACAAACCAGAAAUUCUUAUUAUCUUUAAGUGUUUAUUAUAAUUAUGUGGCUAAGAAAUAAGUUCUUAUUGAUACUUCUCAAAUGACUAACGAUUUAAUUCAGUCAAUUAAAAAUUUUACUAAUUACUUGUUUUCUAAAUUAGUAAUCCAAUAAUAAUUUGAAGUAAAAAAAUUAAACAAUAAAAACUGACUUAAAUAUUAUUUUUUUUUUUUAACUUUAAUAUUUAACCAUUCAUAAUUAUUGUAAAUAAAAAUUAGAAAUUGUUAUAUUCUAGCUUGCCCAUGCAAAAUAUGAUGUUAUAUAAUUGAAAUCAUAAUAAAAGUCAAACAAAUAUGUAUUCAAGAACAAUUUCUAUGCUGGUUGUAGAAAAUUUAAAUUUAAGAAAAUAGUAAUUACAUGAUUGAAUAUGUGCCAAAUUUUUCCACCCUCACUUAAUUUAGUUAUUUGGGAAGUAAGUGCCUUAAAUUAGAGCAGUAGAUUGAUAAAUAGUUUCAAAGAAUAAAAUUUUGUAAUACAUUGGCAUAACAUUUUAUUACAAAUAGUAUAUUCUAGCUCUUUUAAAUGGAUCUAUUUGUGUUAGAAUAUAAAAACUUAAAAUUAAUAUUGCCUAUGCUGUGCCAAGUUAUCCUUUAAAUUUCAAGGAAUUUCUGUUAAAAAUAAUUUUAAAUUUUGAAAAUUAAGGUGUUGAUUUUUUUUUCAGUAGCAGUUGUAUAAUACUUAAAUACAUAAAUCGUAUUGACUUUUUUUUUUAAACUAGUGCAUCAGUUAUCAUUUAGUAAAGUGCAAUUUUUGCUUGUUUUGUUUUAAAAACAGCAAAUUGCAUUUAAAAUUUUUAAAAAAUUAAUUUUUAAUUAAUAUUUAAUAAAAUAAAUUUUAAAUUAACAAUCAUAAAAAUUUCUAUGGAAUCAUUUUUCAGCAAUAAUUGUGAGAAGAUAUUAUUGCAGAAGAUUUAAGAUAAUUCUCCGCUUAAAGUCUUCUUUUAGGAUGUAGAUUAUUUUCGUGUUGUUACACUCAUCUAAUGAUUUGUUAAUCAUUAUGUUACUCAAAUUAUCUUUAUGUAUAUAAUGUAUAAAAAUAUUCUUUUUGUGAAUAGUAAUUUAAUCCAUUGUAAUUUUUAUUGUUAGUUUUUUUUUCUUACUCUAAAAGACAUAACACAAAAAAUUUUUAGAAAUUAAUAAUUGGGAAUUGAUUAAUAAAAUUUCCUCUUCUCAGUGUCUAAAUUAAACUUUUAUUUAUUUAAAUGAUCGCUGAAUCUUUGGUUAGCAAUUUGGGUGGGGAUGAUAUAAUUUUCCCUCUAUAAUGCAAAAUAAUUAUAUAGAGUAGCCAAAGAAGAAAUUGUACUGAAAUUUAUGAAAUUAAAUUUUUCUUCUAUUUAUUUCAAAAAAAACCUACAAAAUCUAGUUAUUUUUUAUGUAUUUUUUAAAAUUUACAAAACAUUUUAGUUUUAAGCUGCUGUUUUAUACUAAAUAUGUUGGAGAUUUGAGAAACUGAAAUUCUUUUUUUUUAAUUAUUAUUACUUAUAGUUAUUUUUAAGAAAAAUACCGUUUACUCGUUUGAGUAUUAAUUAAGAUCAUAUGCAGUUGUCAAAGAACAAAAUAAUCAUAUAUAUACUUUAUUUUUUUAUUAUUUAUCCCAUCCCAAUUAUUUUUUUUUAUCUUAUUCAAUGUUUGUUAACUACAAUUUAGGUGGGUUUUUUUUCAGAUCCUGUAUUUUUAUUUUUUUUAACUUUGUUUAUUGUUUAAAAAUUAUAUUGGCAAUUUUUUUAGUAACACAUGUGUUAUAUAUGAUCCUCACUACUUUAUAAGUAUUAAAAAAAAAUUUUUAUUUAAAAAUUAGCAAUCUCUUUUUCCUGAUAUCAGAUUAUCCCAUCUGAUUUAUCUCAUUUUUCUUUCUAUCUUGUGCAUUUUUUCAAAAUUCAUAUCGUAACAUACAAACUUAUCUCUUCAAAUAUGUUGGGCAUUAUUAAAUAUGUAUAAAGUUUAAAAUCAUGGGGUUUUUUUUAUACACACCAAUUAAGUAUUUAUUAAACACAGCUGCUUUACAUGGAUUGAAGUAAAUAUAUUUUGUCUUGGGUACUAAAUUUAAAUUUUGUUUUACUUCAUACUAUCCUGAGUAAGAAGAAAUUACAAGUUUUGCUAAUAUUUUUUAGUAAUUUUGGGAUUUAUUCCAAAAUUUUUAUGGCCAGAUAUUUAAAUUUUUCACUUUGUAGUGUAAAUUUCCUUUUUAUAAGAUAUAAGUGAAAUGUAGCAUUUCAAACUAUUUUAAUGGAAUGGUGCCAAACGCAAUUGCAAGUUUUGAUGAAAUAUUUAUAUGAAAAUGCAUGUGCUCUAUUAGUAUACUAAGAUUUCAUAAAUUUUUGAUCUCCAAAUUUUUUUUUUCAACAACAAUUCUUUAAUUAAAAAAAUUCACAUGUUGUGUGCUUCAUUUGACAAUAAUGAAAAGAUUCAUCAUAUAAAAGCUCGGUGAGAAUUUAUUUUUAUAAAUGUGCAUUUUUGUGUUAUUAUUUUGUAAAUUAUAAGUUUGCAAUCAUUAAGAUGAAAGUUUUUAAUUAAUACAAAGCCAUGAUCAAGUUAUUUUAAAUUUGUACUUGUGUAAAGUCCUGCCUACCAUUUUCACCUAAAAUAAGAAUUUGAAUACUCCUAGUUAAAAAAAAAAAAACUACCACAAUUUUUUUUUAAUUUUGCAUUCUAACAAAUUAAUUAAAAAAAAAAUUUUAAAUAACUUUUUGUUUGAAUUCUCAUUGAAUUUGCACUUACAAUAUGAAAUGAUUAAGUGACAGUUUGACUGAAUUUACAUAAACUUCCCUGGUCGACAGGAUUUUACAUCCUUGUAUUUGUAUUACUACACAUUUUUUUACCUUCAAAAUGUUUUAUUCUUCACACUUACUUUCAUUGUAUUAUUUUGUAACAUAUAACCGUGAAUUCAUGAACCGUUUUUGAAAUCAGAAUCCUAUUAUUUCACAGUUCUAAUUUUAAAUGUUAUUUUUAUCCUAUUAUUCUUAUUUUUUCUCUCUAAAUUCUACCCUUUUCUAUUUUAAUUUCCUAAAUUGUAAAUUUGAGUGGACGUAAAUUUGAGUUGUAGUGGACGAAUAAAUUCGAUAAAAUAAGAAAUUUCGAUCAAUUAUUUGCAUUCUUGUGUCAUGAUUCAAAAUGUAAAUUACAGUUGUAUUUUAAAGAAGAAGAAAAAAAAAAUUUUGUAAAAUGUCAUCUAUGAAAGGAUGGCGUUACCUAGAUGUCUUUUACAGUGUUGACAAUUGUUGUAGUGUUUAAAUGUUAAUGAUGCAUUGGGUUGAACCUAUGCUUGAAAGGAAAUGUGAAUAUUCUACUUAGAUUUUUCGAGCUUGGUAAAUAAAAUUUUUACUUGUAUAAUAAUGUUUAGUUGUAUAUAUUUUACAAUUUGUAAGGAUAAUUUAUGCUGUGUGAAGAUGAAAGUGUCCAUUAUCUCAUGCCAUAUUUCUUGCUGUUUGUAACAACUAUUGCAGUUGCUGAAACAUUGUGUAUGUUUUGUAUUUCUCAGAACAAAUAAAAAAUGUUUUCAAUGUA